AUGAAUAAAGACGAAUUCAUCAAUUGGUGGGUACAGACACAAGCAGAUGAGACACAGAAAAGAAUUCGUUGGGAUGCAAAGCGUACCUCAACAGCCUGGGAUAACUUUGAGCAAGUUGCUCACUUUAUUACUGGCGAGCCAAAGGUUCUUUGUCGGAAGUGUGGGAUAACACUUCCACACCCCCAAUCAACUGCGAAUGGAACCAAUUCGAUGAAGCGUCAUGCUACCGCAGGCUCAAAAUACCCCUACCGCAAAACGAACAUUUAA